AUGCUUCUAAUUGCUGCCAAUCUGAAAAGCUGUGCGUGCUCUAUGUGGAGUAUUGCUGCUAUUGGUGUGAAUCGUUACGUGAUAAUAUGUCACUGGGCCAAGCAUAGCACCAAUUAUAAUCGCAAGACUGUUUCUCUGAUGCUCGUAGCGAUAUGGACCAUAUCUUUCCUCAUUGCUCUACCAAACAUUGUCAACUGGGGUGGGUAUCGUUUCGAUUGGAAAACCAUGGUUUGCACUGCGGAUAUGGCCAUCGACUACUCAUAUACAAUCUACUUCUCCGGCAUGGCCUUUGGGAUUCCUCUGUUUAUCAUCAUGUACAGCUAUGUCCGCAUCUACUAUUACGCCUGGAAAUCUUCGUCCAGGCUUAAGAGGGUCGCUGAAGAAGAUGGAUUAUCACUCAGACAUGCGAACGAUAUGAAGCUCGUUAGAUCGGUUCUCAUCAUCAUCGUCGUCUUCGUCUCAAUGUGUGCACCGUAUGCUCUAACCGUGAUCAUUGAUCGCCACACAGUGGCUCACAGAAACAUGUACAUAUUCUCCGCUCUGCUGGCCCACACUAACAGUAGUAUCAACUGCGUGAUCUAUGCUGCCACCAAUCGCAAUUUCCGGCAGGGUUAUCUGUAUUUCUUUAGGUUGAUUUCUUGUCGAGAUAUUGACUUUCCAUCCGUGGUAACCUCAAAGAAAUUAACGUCUUCAAAGAAACCCAUCCAGCUAGAUGAAAUGAUAUAGAAAUAAUCUUUUCCCCCGAUGAUGUUCUAGAAAGAAUAUGGGCAGAGCCUCACACAAUCGACAACGCCUUUA